UACUCAACUAUAUAUAUAGUCUAUAUAUAUAUAUGAUGGGAAUAUAUGAGAGCUAGCUAGAAAGGGCAUUUGUGUUAUCUCAACUCCCAAGCACUACCUACUUAAUUACUUCUCAAUGGCCAGGAUCGCCUUUGGAAGAUUUGAUGAUUCCUUUAGUUUGGGCUCUUUCAAGGCUUAUCUUGCAGAGUUCAUCUCAACCUUGCUCUUUGUUUUUGCUGGUGUUGGCUCCGCCAUAUCUUACAAUAAGUUGACAUCGAAUGCGGCACUUGAUCCAUCGGGGCUAGUAGCCAUUGCAAUAUGCCAUGGUUUUGCUCUGUUUGUUGCAGUCUCUGUGGGUGCCAACAUCUCCGGUGGCCAUGUCAACCCAGCUGUCACCUUCGGAUUGGCUCUUGGUGGCCAAAUCACACUCCUUACUAGCCUCUUCUACUGGAUUGCCCAGCUUCUUGGCUCCAUUGCCGCAUGCUUCCUCCUCAAGGCUGUCACUGGCCUGGCAAUUCCCACUCAUAGCGUGGCGGCAGGAGUGGGAGCCAUUGAAGGAGUGGUGAUGGAGAUAAUCAUCACCUUCGCCUUGGUUUACACGGUGUAUGCAACGGCAGCCGACCCCAAGAAGGGUUCACUUGGCACAAUAGCCCCAAUCGCCAUUGGUUUCAUCGUCGGUGCAAACAUCCUGGCUGCCGGCCCAUUCUCCGGCGGAUCCAUGAACCCGGCACGGUCAUUUGGGCCUGCUGUGGCCAGCGGUGACUUCCAUGACAACUGGAUCUACUGGGUUGGGCCUCUCGUUGGCGGUGGGCUUGCUGGGCUUAUAUAUGCCAAUGUCUUCAUGUUCUCUCACCAUGCACCUCUCCCCAAUGACUUCUGAUCAUUUCCUUCUAAAUCCUUUGUCUUCUCUAUCUCACUCCAUAUGUCUUUCUAUUCUAAUAAAGGGGGAUAAGCAAUUUUUGCUCUUCUUUCCUUUUUCUUUUUUUUUUUUUUAGUUUUUAUUUAUUUUAGGUUGGUCUUGUUUAAUUUGUCCUUGUAAAACCUUUGUUGGGUUCAAAUGUUGCUUUAUGGAAAUGGAUGAACUUGGUUGAUGUUA